CUUUUGUUUUUAGGUUUAAAAUUAUUUUAUUUUUUUUAUUAUUAUUCUUAUUCGUUUUUUUUUUAUAGUGAACUAAAAAAGAAUCUUAUCCUGUAUCCGUGCGUCAUUGUUUCAAUGGUAUUUUAAGAUUAUAAAAAAUCAUACUGAAAAUGAGUACUUUCAAUCUUGAAAAAAUGGUAGGAACCAUUGAUAACCUUAGUACUUCCCUAGAUGUAAUGUUAUGUUGCAAAAAUAAUGAAGGCGGACAAGAAAUAUUAGAAUCUUGUGAACAAUUGGAUAAUUUAAUUAUGUCAUUUGACGAUCAAAUUAGUAUUCUCAAAGAUGCUUUAAUUAAAGAAAAAAAUGCUCGUAAAUCGUCAUUUCAAAGACAACUAGAUGAAUUGAAAAUGAUUGAGGAAAGAUGUAAUCACAUGAUAGUUUUUAUUCAAUUAAAUUCUGGUUAUACCAAUGAACUUAAAGCACAACAGUAUAAUGAAAAUAAUGAAAUAAAAGAGUAUAAAGGAAAUAAUUCAAAUAAUAUGACUAACAUAUCAAUGUCACCUGUACCAAUGUGGAAUGAUGCUCAUUCUCUAUCUGAAAACACUAUACACCAUACUACUAUGUCUAAUGGUACAAUAAUGAGUAAUAGUAUGAUGGGACAGUCUUUAAAAUCUCAGUCUGCUAAACAAGUACUUGAUAUUCCACUUUUAAAAUCUGUUAGCAACAAUGAAAUGGAUACUGUUCCAAAGUAUAUGAAAGGUCGAUUAACAUCAUUACAUGUGAAUGUUGUGAUAGAUGGUAUUAAUAUUGCAUUAGAAAAUAAAUAUGAUAUUUUGCGAAAGCCAAGAAAUGUAUUAAAAAAAAAAGAUCAAGAUAUGUACAACACGUGGAAAAUUCAACAAAACAAUGUUGGACAAGGUCAAUACUUUGUAACUGCUGAUGAUAUUUCUAGAUUUAGUGAAACAAAAGUGGAUAAAACUACAUUAAAUAUAAUUCCUAUAUUAAGACAUUUAAAACGAUUAAAAGAAUCUAGAACAGGUGGUUUCGUUUAUUAUUUACCAUACUAAAAAAUGUGUAUCUAAAAGAAAAAAAAAACAAUUGUUAUUGAAAAAUAU